AUGAGGCAAUGUCACCUUUUUGGGGAAAUCGUGGUAGAAGAAACUCGAAGGAAGUCGAAGACGAUACUAGUCGUUACAAUCCGUUUUGGGAAAACAGAGGCAGAAGGCAGGAUGAUGAGCCAUUUUGGGGAACCAGAGGACGAAGAGAACAAGAAUUGCCGUUUUGGGAUAAUUUUCGAGGAAACCGUGGUGGUCGAAGUGCUAAAGUGUACUGGGUACGUCAAGCCAUGCGCGAUGAGACUCAGCCAUUUUGGGGAAACAGAGGCAGAAGAGAAAUCGAUGAACCUUUUUGGGGAAGCCGUGGCAGAAGAAAAGACUAUAGCGGAAGUGAUACUUACGAGCAAUAUGAACCAUUCUGGGGAAGUAGAGGAAGGCGUAAAGCAGCAC